AGCGGAGAGUAAGAGGACAGGGGUGUCUUGCGAUGACCACCUUUCUGGAAUUUAUUCAGCAAAAUGAAGACAGAGAUGGGGUUCGCUUCAGCUGGAAUGUGUGGCCAUCAAGCCGCCUGGAAGCCACAAGGAUGGUGGUUCCUGUAGCUGCUCUCUUGACACCGCUAAAAGAGCGACCAGACUUGCCCCCUAUACAGUAUGAACCUGUUUUGUGCAGCAGGACUACAUGCAGAGCUGUACUCAAUCCUUUAUGCCAAGUGGAUUAUCGAGCAAAACUUUGGGCAUGCAACUUCUGUUACCAACGAAAUCAGUUUCCCCCUACAUAUGCAGGCAUCUCAGAAAUGAAUCAACCUGCAGAGCUUCUGCCUCAGUUUUCUAGUAUUGAGUAUGUGGUUCAGCGUGGACCUCAGAUGCCACUGAUCUUUCUGUAUGUUGUGGACACUUGCAUGGAAGAUGAAGAUCUUCAAGCUCUUAAGGAGUCCAUGCAAAUGUCCCUCAGUCUGCUGCCUCCUACAGCACUCGUGGGGCUGAUAACAUUUGGACGGAUGGUUCACGUACAUGAACUGGGAUGUGAAGGCAUCUCGAAGAGCUAUGUUUUUAGAGGAAAUAAAGACCUUACUGGAAAGCAAAUCCAGGAAAUGUUAUCUCUUACAAAAUCUCCAGCAGCCCAACAAGGCCGUGGGCCACAAGUUCAACAACCCCCUCCAUCCAACAGAUUUUUACAACCAGUGCAGAACAUCGACAUGAAUCUCACUGACCUUCUAGGAGAGCUGCAAAGGGAUCCAUGGCCAGUUCCUCAAGGCAAGAGGCCUCUCAGAUCAUCUGGAGCUGCCCUCUCCAUAGCAGUUGGACUUCUUGAGUGCACAUUCCCCAACACUGGCGCACGCAUAAUGAUGUUUAUCGGGGGGCCAGCCACUCAGGGUCCAGGGAUGGUGGUGGGUGAUGAGCUAAAGACCCCUAUCCGUUCAUGGCAUGAUAUUGAAAAGGACAAUGCCAAGUACGUCAAAAAGGCAACCAAACAUUAUGAAGCCCUUGCACACCGUGCUGCUGCCUCUGGCCACGUCAUUGAUAUUUAUGCCUGUGCAUUGGAUCAGACUGGGCUGCUGGAAAUGAAAUGCUGUCCGAACAAUACAGGAGGAUACAUGGUGAUGGGUGAUUCCUUUAAUACAUCUCUCUUCAAACAAACCUUCCAAAGAGUUUUUACCAAAGAUGCACAGAGCAAUUUCAAGAUGGCAUUUGGUGGAACCCUAGAAAUCAAGACUUCAAGAGAGUUAAAGAUAUCUGGUGCCAUCGGGCCAUGUGUAUCCCUGAAUGCCAAAGGCCCAUGUGUGUCUGAAAAUGAGAUUGGUACAGGCGGCACCUGCCAGUGGAAAAUCUGUGGCAUUAACCCUUUCACGACACUGGCAGUUUACUUUGAAGUUGUCAAUCAGCACAAUGCUCCAAUUCCCCAGGGUGGUCGUGGGGCAAUCCAGUUUGUCACACAGUAUCAGCACUCCAGUGGCCAGAGAAGGAUCCGUGUAACCACAAUCGCCAGAAACUGGGCUGAUGCUCAGACACAGAUCCAAAACAUUGCAGCUUCAUUUGAUCAAGAGGCAGCAGCUAUACUUAUGGCUAGGCUUGCUGUGUACAGGGCAGAGACGGAGGAAGGUCCCGAUGUCUUGCGAUGGCUGGACAGGCAGCUCAUUCGAUUGUGUCAAAAGUUUGGAGAAUACCACAAAGAUGACCCCGUCUCUUUCAAAUUUUCUGAGACUUUCUCUCUCUACCCACAGUUUAUGUUCCACUUGAGGAGAUCUCCAUUCCUUCAGGUGUUUAAUAAUAGUCCAGAUGAGAGCUCCUAUUACAGGCAUCACUUCAUGCGGCAAGACCUCACUCAGUCCCUAAUAAUGGUUCAGCCCAUCCUGUAUGCCUAUUCCUUUAACGGACCCCCAGAGCCCGUGUUGCUUGACAGUAGCAGCAUUCUUCCAGAUAGGAUUCUUCUGAUGGACACUUUUUUCCAAAUUCUGAUCUAUCUUGGAGAGACUAUAGCACAGUGGAAGAAAGCAGGCUACCAAGACAUGCCAGAAUAUGAAAACUUCCGACACCUGCUUCAAGCUCCUGUUGACGAUGGGCAGGAGAUCCUUCAGUCCCGUUUCCCCAUGCCACGAUACAUAGACACAGAACAUGGAGGAAGUCAGGCUCGCUUCCUGCUAUCUAAAGUCAACCCGUCCCAGACUCAUAACAACAUGUACGGCUGGGGGCAGGAAUCCGGAGCUCCCAUUCUCACCGAUGAUGUCAGCCUGCAGGUUUUUAUGGAUCAUCUAAAGAAACUAGCCGUGUCCAGUGCUGCCUAAAAGCAACCCUAUCUGUUCCGCCUUGGAGAUGUUCAUAGCCCUACCCACCUCUCACUACAUAAGGGCUUGUGGUACAGACUGCUCCUUCUCCCCAAAUUUCUUUUGUCCGUAGCUUUACAAUCCAUGUGCGUAUGCUGCCUUGACCCUGCUUUCGACAAUAGCUCUUUGGUAGAUGUAUGACAACAACUUAGAUUCUGUGUGAGCAAAAAGAACAAAACUUUAUCAUUCUGAGUCUUCUAUAUUAAUGUCAAGCACUGAUGAAUAUAAGUGAAAUUUUUAAUUAGGUAUAGUAUGUAAAGGCCUCAUUGUGUGCUAACAGACACAGACAUGUAGUCCUUUGAGUUGUGCAAUAGUUAGGGGUGGAGACCCACAUGCUGCCUAAAAGUGGCCAUACACGGGCAGAUUUCAUCUGCCGAUUCAGGUCCUUCAGACUGAUUUCAGUAGCUGAUCUGCCCCAGUAUAGGGCUCUCAGACAGGCUUCCCUGAUGAAAUCUGGCCAAAAAUCAUCCAGAUGUCAAUUGGGCAGGCUUAAUUUUCCUGUCUGAUCAAGGACCGCAUCAGCUCUUUGAUGCUGUCCUCGCUUCAGUUUCUUAAAUCACCUUCAUUGUCAUUAGCACUAUAUCGUCCACCCAAGGUGGGGCACAUCAGGGGAAAGUUUCACUCGUUUGGCAACAUGGCCAAAUGAGCAAAUCAUACCGUGUAUGGCCACCUUCACCCUUCUUUGAGCUGCUUUGUCUUGAAGAUUUGAUUUUUAGCAUCAUAUUUAAGGCUUAAUACACAGACUUUCCGUAGUCACAGAGUCUUGUUUCAGUUCACUUGUCCCUAUUUUUAGCUCUAAUUUAAGUCUUAGUUAAUUGUUCUGUUGCUGACUAAUGUUAAAAGGCAAUCAGACAUAUUCCGUUCAGUAUUCUUGGUUUUAUUUCUGGUUUACUUAUUUGUUUUGCUUAUAAUGUUUGGUUCUUUUAUCAGCUAGUUUUAUACUCUCACAAUAUUUCACACCUAAAUUUAAAAGCUGGCAUGGGAAUCUAAUACUCAGAGUUCAAUUCUUGGAUGCCGUUUCAAAAGUGUUUUGUUUGUUGGUACAAAGAAAAGCAUAACUGUUUACAUUUCCUUUAAAAUAUUUGCUUGAAUUAUGCUGCCUUGGGAUAAGUGUAACUUUGGAGUCAAAUAUAUUGUGCAAGAGAAAAAGAACUAGGGAUGCACCAAAUGCUGGAUUAGUUUGGGGUCCAACCAAAUUCUAGCACUUUGUACUGGAUUUAAAUUGGGCUCAUCCAAAUCCAAGUCAUGUGACUUUAAAGCACUAUACAACUGAAAGCAAUAAUUUUUGUUGCUGAAAAUUUAUGGAUUUUUAACAUUUAAAUAAGGUUCAGAUUUGGUUCAGUAUUUGGCCAAAUUCAAAAAUGAUGGAUUAUGCUAUUGCUUGGAGCACAGCUCAACAACACUGGCUAAGCUGAUCAAUGGUAGAGUUGCUUGAGGAAACAGUAGGGUGUCCUAUAAACCCACAGCUGUUUGAGAUCUCAUAUUCCAUAACACGCUUGACCUCUGCGUUACCAGUCCAAAUAAACUCAGUGACAUUU